UCUCUAAAAUUAACAGACUCCAACCUUUUCAUCCGAUUCGGUGGAUUAGAUCAAAUAAGAGUAGUGAAGUUUAAGGGUAUUCAUUCUCCCCUUGUCAAAGAACAAGAUUGGGAGUUUGUUGAAAAUGUAGGAAUUGAAAACAAAAAAUAUCAAUCAUUAGAAAUAUUUGGUCAUGUUAUCCAAAGUGAAGAGCUCAAGAAAUUAAUUUUAGAUCUUAAACAAUCACGUUUGUUGGUCAAUCGUGAAGGUCAUCAACAACUACUUCAACAUCCAAUUUCAAUAAGAUCCAGUAUUUUCGACUCAAUGAUCUUUUUAUGUGGUCAGCCUACCAGGUGAAGCCUUUGUACACAUUGAGCUGGAACCGCCACAAUAUUCAAACAAGCCAGGUCAUGAUAGAUAACAAUAUUAGUAAACUUGAAAAAAACUACGAGACAAAGAUACGAAGUUUACGAGUUGAGAAUAAGAAGAAGCUACAAGAUUUGCAAGAUGAGAAUGACAAAAGGUUGCAUAGUUUGCAAGAAGAGAAUGAGAAGCUACAGGGUUUGCGAGGUGUGAAUGAGAAUGAGAAAAAGUUGCAGGAUUUGCUACAUAAGAAUGAGGAAAAGCUACAGGAUUUCCGAGUUGAGAAUAAGAAGCUGCAGAGUUUGCGAGAAGAGAACAGGGAAAAAAUACAGGGUUUGACAGAUGAGAAUAACAAGUUGCAAGCUUUGCGAGAUGAGAAUGAAAAUAAGCUGCAAGGUUUGCGAGAAGAUAAUAUGAGACUUCAGACUUUGCGAGUUGAAGCAGAGAAGAAACUGCAAGGUGCGCUAGUGGAGAAAGAUAUGCUACAACGUAAACUAGAUAAUGGUCAAACUUCACCGUCACUCCCACCCCCACCACCAGGUCCACCACCGCCACCCCCACAGAAAGGGCGGUACUCGUUCAGAACGGAAGAAUACGAAAAUAUACUUAGAUAUUGCCGACCUUCAAAGCCUGAUCAGUUUAUUUUCGAAAUUCAAUCAUUAACAAAUUUGAAAAAAUCGAUUAAAGAUGCUGAAUGCCACGAAUUUGAAUCCCCGGAAUUUAACGUUGGUGGCCAUAAGUGACGGAAAUUUCUUCAAAAGAUAAUGACAAACAAGUUGGAUCUAUGAAAACACCAACAUCAUCAACAGGAGAAUCUCACAAGGCAGACGAAGGUUGUGAUGAUAUUGUAAAUGUGGAAACUCUUCCGGAAUGCCUUUAUAUGUUUCAUAUGUGUGUUUUGAAGAUGGAACGUAGCGAACAAAUUAAAAUUCCUAUUGAUAUUGGAGUAACAACUCAAAGGACAUCUUUCUUGGUAGGAAAGAAAUCUUCCGUUUCCUUGCAGGGGAACAACUUGAACUGUCCCAUAUAUUGACAUUUAUGUCGUGUUUAUAUGAUAAGUGUUGUAUAAUUGGAUCCUCUUCUUUGUUUGGUUUUUUAUGCCCAUCCGGGAUAUCCCUUGUGACUGAAUUUUAAAAAGGAGAGUCUAAGAAGGUAAAAGAGUGCAAAAGAAACCGAACACAAUAUAUUGUGGACACACUAAAAGAAACGGCGGCUAAAGGAAAAGUCUUCAUUGCUCCAUAUAAUGCUGCGUUUCAUUGGGUACUAUGCGUCAUUGAUCCUUACAAUAACACGGUAUAUUACUUGGAUUCUUUACGUACUCUUGAAUUUACAGGAAACGAAAAAGGCAUCAUUGGGGAUUUACAUGAAAUCGUUAACACAGCACUUUUCCAAUUCCGUAGUGAAAGAGAGAUUGCCACAAAGUUGAAGAUGAACACCAAAUGGCUAAAAAUAGAAUGUCCUUGCCAAGAAAAUUACAUUGAUUGUGGAUAUUAUGUGAUGAGAUACAUGAAGGAGAUAAUCUCACACAGGCGACUUCAAAUUCCUGAAGUUUAUUUUUCAGAUUGCCAGUUUUCAAGUUACAAUACAGAGCAGAUUGACGAAGUAAGAACUCAUUGGGUCCGUUAUGUUGUUCAACAAAUGUAUAGAAGAUAGAUUACUGAAGGAAUUAAAAAACAUACAACUUUAUUAAUUAAUGUGUUUUGCGUAGUUUAAUGUUCGUGGGAUUAUUUUAGAACAUACAUAUUUAUG